AUGAGCCCCCGCUUCUCCAGGAACCUUUCUGGGGCUCUGCGCGCCGGAGGAGGACGCGUGAGGAAGCGGGACCCUGCCCCAUCCCCGCCCUCUCCUCCCCAGGGUGGGGCCUGGUUCCAGGGGGCGGCACUUCCCUGGGCCGACCCCCAUCUCUUCUCCCCAGUCAAGAAGGACGAUGAGGCCUUCGAGAUCUCCAUCCCCUUGGAGGAGACGCCCCACCUGGACCCACAGCUCUUCUACAGCCUGAGCCCCUCCCGGGGCAGCUUCGAGGGUGAGCUGGGGGACGGGGGCCAGCGAGGUCGGCGCUCAGCUAUUGUUAGCAGCGAUUUGGAGAACCCCUCCUGUAUGCCCCCCUUCUGGUGUCCUGGCCGUUCCUGCAUGAGGCUCCUCACCCGUGUCUUCCCGUCUCCCUCUGCUCUGCCUGGGCCCUGGUCCCAUCUGUCUCUUGUCCUCACCGGCCCCCCAAUGCCAGCCUCUCAGCGCCCCCCUCCCCUUGGCCCCGCAGUGAAGGACGCGGACGGCGUCCUCUGCCGCUACAAGAAGAUCCUGGGCACCUUCCAGAAGCUCAAGAGCAUGUCGCGGGCCUUCGAGCACCACCGCGUGGACCGCAACACCGUGGCGCUGACCACGCCUAUCGCCGAGCUGCUCAUCGUGGCGCCCGAGAAGCUGGCCGAGGUGGGCGAGUUCGACCCCUCCAAGGAGCGGCUGCUCGAGUACUCGCGCCGCUGCUUCCUGGCCCUGGACGACGAGACGCUCAAGAAGGUGCAGGCCCUCAAGAAGAGCAAGCUGCUGCUGCCCAUCACCUACCGCUUCAAGCGGUGAUCCGCCCCGGGCCCCCCUCACCAGGCCUGGGGUGGGCAGCGUGCUUCUGCGUGUGCCUCCUCCGCCCUCCUGCAGACCCCCACUCGCACCCCAGGCCUCUGGUACCAGCCCUGCCCUCCUUGCUUCCACCAUGCCCAGCAUCCUUCCCCUUCCCAGGCCUGCGGUGUCUCCUCACCCAGCUGGGCUCCCAGGGGCCCGGUGUUGCUCGUUCCUCCUGCCCUCACCGGGCCCUCCUCCUGGGAAAAGGGCGGGGACACUGUACAGAACUCGGUCUCCGACCCCAGUCCCGACCGAGGACCCGCAUUCCGGGCCACCCCCUAGUCCACACGAGAUAGAGAAUUAAUUAUUCAAAGAAUUUAAAUUAAAGAGACGAUAAAAUUUGGAAUAAA